GACAGAUAUAACAAAUUCUUUACUGUUCAUUCUCAAAAGACUUGUGUGUGUGUACCUGUGACAAAAACCAAACUCCAUUUAUUAAUAACACCGUUGAGAUGAGAUGUAAUGUUGGAUAUGGUAAAUAAUCACAUGUGUCUAGAGAUACGAACCACACCCACAUGUUCACCCACUCAAUCCCAAACUCACUCUCUCUCCAGAACACAAACGCACUUUUGUCUCUCUUCUCAACUUCUCAGUCCUCCAAUGGCGGACUACGAAGACGAGAUUGACCAGCAGAACCAAUCUUUCAUCCCCAAAGAAACAGCUCUACAAGCUCUAAACACCAUAAUCCAGCUCCACUUCGAGAAAACUCUCGAGAAGAAACGAGCCAUCGACCACCAGAAGAAGAAGCUCCACAAGCUAUUCCAGCUCUUCUUCAUCUUCCUCGCCGUCAUCUUCUUCUCCCUCACCCAACCCUCAGGCCGUCUCCACUGCCGCCAUUGCUGGGCGCCAAUCCUCUUCCUCUCCUUCUCCCAUCUCUUCUUCUACGUCUCCGUAGCUCAGACCCUCCGCUGCAUCAACGGCUUCAAGUACCAGCGUCGCUGCCACAAGCUCACUCUCGGCCUCGCCACACACAAGCUCCGUUUCAUCAAGUCGCGUAUAGCCGCUGGAGAUUUCCUCGGCGGUGGCGGCGGAGAAGACGAGGUCUCAGCCUCGGCUGCUGCUUGGGAUCUGGAGGUUCCGUAUCAGGAGCCACCGGAUAGCUACUUUGGAAAGUUUAAGAGAAACUGGGCUCUCUACUUUGGCUUCUUGAUCCUUCUUUACACUUUCAUGAUCUCCUUCUCUGUAGUCAUCCUCUGUUUCUGAUUAUUUAUCUCCUAGAGUGUCGCUAUUUCGUUUUUUUUCACAUUACCCUUCUGCUUCUUUAUCAUUCAUUAGUCUUCAGCUUAGAAGGGAUCAUUAAAAGUUCGAAGCU